UCAUCAUCUAUCUCAUCAUCUCAAAAUCAUCUUUCCCAAACUCUCUACCAAGCCAAACCCGCAAACCCGCCAAAAUCCCAGCUCCAACCUACUAGGUCCCCGGCUACCAACCCCUCCCUCCCACAGCUCUCACUCUCGCUCUCGGAAUCCACGGAAUUGUCACUUUUGUCCAUUUCUCCAUUUCCAACCCAUUCAUUUAUUUCAAAGCAUACAGUCAAUCAAGCACACCUCAUCUCUUAAAAGCAAAGAAAAACAGAGAAAGACAGAGAAAGAAAGUUAUUUCCUUCCUUGUCUACUUACUACGAAUCUACUAUUUUACCAAUUUCUUCAUCUCGCAUCAUCACAUUGAAUAUCAAAUUAAAUACAUACAUACAAGAAAUAUAUACAUAAAUUAAAUUAUCCUAAGGAUUUCUCUGAGCAAUCGCAAUAUUCUUAUAUCCGCUUUAUCUCCCUCCUCACUACAUACCUACCUAGCAUAUCACAUCCAAGUACCGAAUCAAAUCGAGUUCGAGUUCGAGGAAAAAAGAAAAGCGCCAGCUUGUGUGAAAACGGAUUCUAUUUUUUCUUUUUCAUUCUUCUGCCCGGAGAAAAAGGUGUGAGGAUUGCUUUGCUUGCCUAGCUGUUCUUUGUUGUGUAUUUCGGGAGAUACAUAGGUACAUACAUAUACUGAGCUACAUACGUGUAUUUUCUACAACGACGACUACUACUACCUACUGCCAAAAUAAACUUCUUUCGCUAUCAAAUUGGGAUUAGGAUUCCCCUUAUUCAUUCACAUUCUUCUAUUCAAGAUCUUUUCUAGAGUGUAGUAGGAUCGAUAUCGACAUCGAAUUUCGAAUUGGGAUUGAAAUUGAAAUCGGACUUGAAUCCGCAUUGGGAAUUGAGGAUUGGGGAUACUCUUAUAUCUUAUUUCAUUUCAUUUCAUUAAUUUUGGUGAUUGAUUUAUAUACCUACACCAGCAAUGACACGAUUACUAUCAAGAAGCUCACUCACCUCAUCCCGCUCCACGACCCUCCUAAUCGCCUUCCUUUCUCUAACAUCCAACACCCUCUCUUCCAUCUUUUUCAGCCAACUGCCCGACGAGCCGUUCCACCUCGCGGUUAACUACGGAUUGUAUUCACAUUUUGCAAAUGUGAUGAGUGUUUUUGGGGUCAUUGGGGCUUUGAGGAAACACUCCCUCUCCAUCCUCUGUUUCUCAAACUAUCUCCUCCUCGACACACUCCUCAGCGCAAUCCCCCGUCUCCUCCUCCUAACCCUCCUCUCCAACUCCUCUUCUAUCCUCUGCACCCCCUCCUCAACCACCUCUCUCGAUUUCUCCACCGUCACCCAACCUCCCGCGCUAUCGCAAAGUGCGCAGGAAAUAAGUCUCGCUUCCUACACCAUCUCGACCAGUAUCCCCGCAUCAUCGCACAUCGCUUCUUUUGCGGAUUUUGUGGGUAAGACGGGAGGAGACGAUGGAUGGACCGAGAGUGGGUGUAGGAGGAUUAUUACGUUGGGCUAUAUAACGUUGAUUGCGGGGAUUAUGGCAGCUAUGGGACUGCAGGUUUUGGGCGCGCUUUGUGUGAGGGAUUAUGCGAGGGGGUUGUUUGUGAAUGAGGAGAUGGGAAAUGAUGGGGAAUGGGAAAGGGAGAUGGGGGAUAGAGAAAGAGAGAGAGGGGACGUAGAGAGAGGGGAGAAGGUGAAGGUGGUGGAGAGGGAGGGUUUUAGGCCGCUUUUGGUGUUGGAAAGGGAGAGGGGUGAAGAGUUUAGGAGGAUGACGCCGAUUGUGGAGGACAGGGAAUACUUUUAA